CUCUUCUAUUGUCGUACCGAUUCAUACAUUCAUCUAUUCUACAACACUCGGAUUAAAAUGGCUGCAGUUUGCCCACACAUCGAAGAAUCUCGCUUACCUAUUGCAUCUGCCUCGUCAAAGGUGUACAAGGAUGAAUGUCUGUUGUGUUUUGACUCUCAAGAUAUGCCAAACGGAAUCAAUGUGUGCAUGACUUGCUUUAAUGGCGGUUGCAGCAACAAUCAUGGCGACCGCAGUCAUGCUGACCUGCACUAUCGUAAAGCCAGCCAUGCUCUUGUUCUCAAUGUUAAACGUAUUAAAAAAGCAGCAAGCAGAGAUUCUGAUACUCAACCACAAAAAAUCACCAAGCUGGCCAUUCAGGAAGAGGACGACUCACUUAAAUAUGAUUUGGUUACUAAAGUCAUUUGCCUUGCUUGUGGAAAUCUUGAAAUUGAUUCUGCCUUGCCUAAAAUUAAAACAAGUGUUGAUGGUAUUCUUCAAGCCGUAUCUGCCAAGAAACAGUCCGAGAUCCAAUCAUGGCAGGAAGAAACCCUUCGUCCAUGCAGUCAUACCAAAGAUCUGGUGCAAACUCAACCUCGAAAGCUUGAAGGAAAAGCAUUCGCUCAUUGCCAAAAUUGUGACCUUCAAGAAAAUCUUUGGCUUUGUCUUUCAUGUGGCAACAUUGGCUGUGGUCGUGCCCAAUAUGGUGGGCUGGGUGGUAAUGGACAUGCUCUUUCUCACUUUGAUGCUGAAAAUCAUCCCAUCGCAGUUAAACUCGGUACAAUUACUCCCGAAGGAACAGCUGAUUUGUUUUGCUAUGCUCAUGCCAAUGAGGUGAUUAAUUCAAAUCUCAGUGCACAUCUUUCAACAUUUGGUAUCAAUUUGAUGUCCCAGCAAAAAACUGAAAAAAGCAUUGCCGAGCUUCAACUGGAGCAGAAUCUCAAGUUUGAUUUUAGUAUGACUACAGAAGACGGCAAAAUAUUUACACCCAUGUUUGGCCCCGGCUUUACUGGUCUUAAAAAUCUUGGAAACAGUUGCUAUAUGGCAUCAGUACUUCAAGUGCUAUUUGCUCUUGAUCCAUUCAAGACCCGUUAUAAUGACUCUUUUGAAUCGCACACAUCUCAGUGUCAUGAAUUGUCUGCAAAAUGCUUUCAUUGUCAGAUGGGCAAGAUUGCAGACGGACUCAUGAGUGGACGAUACAGUAUCCCUAUCAUUGGUGAUGAUGGUGAAGAACGUGGACAAGAAGGCAUUGCUCCUUUAAUGUUCAAAACUCUUAUUGGACACGGUCAUCAUGAGUUUUCGACAAUGCGCCAGCAAGACGCACAGGAAUUUUUGCAAUACCUACUGACCACCGUCGAACAAAAGGAGCGUUCCAGUGGAAAUGAUCCAUCUCAGGCAUUUCGGUUUAAGCUAGAGCAGCGACUACAAUGUCUUGAAUGUACUGGGGUUCGAUACAAAACUGAUCCUGCGUCCUCGAUUAUGCUAUCCGUUCCUGCUCGUGUUUGUGGCGAAGAAGAUGGGAAAAAACAAUACGAAUCAGUAUCGCUUGACGAAUGUUUGCAUCAAUACUUUGAAGCAGAUAUGAGGCAGUAUGAGUGCCCUUGUGACAAAACCACGACUACUGCCACAUUUGUACAACGUUUUCAUUCUUAUCCAAGCGUCCUUUCGUGUGCUGUAUCGAGAUUUGUUCCUGGAGACAGCUGGGUUAUGGAGAAACUUAAUGUCGAACUCAAAGUUUCAGAGCAGAUUGAUCUCAGCCAAUAUAGAGCAUGUGGAAAACUACCCAAUGAAACAUUGUUGCCUGAAGAACCCAAGACAGGAUCUGCUGAGAUUCAAAUUGAUGCGGUUGCACUUGAGCAACUCAUGUCUAUGGGAUUCCCAGAAAACAGAUGCAAGCGAUCUUUAAUCAAAACGGGAAACACUGGACCAGAUGCAGCAAUGAAUUGGUUGAUGGAGCACAUGGAUGAUCCAGAUAUCGACGAUCCUAUUACAUCUGUAGGCGAAACACCUUCUGCUUGUACUGCUACAGAGGCCGACAUAUCUCAGUUGAUGGACAUGGGAUUUUCCCUGAUUCAAGCCAAAACCGCUUUGGGAAAAACUGCAAACAAUUUGGACCGCGCAGUGGAUUGGCUUUUUAGCCAUUCUGGAAGUGAUAUGCCUAUGGAUGAUGAGCCCAUCAUAACCAGUAAUUCAACCUCUGCAGAUGACACAAUUGAUCAAGGAUUGGCCAAAUACAACUUGUUUGCCAUUAUUUCACACCGAGGCACCUCUGCUCACUGUGGACAUUAUGUAGCAUUUAUCAAGCACGGAUCACAAUGGGUUAUGUAUAAUGAUAGCAAGGUAGUCAAGGUGCCAGAUAUGUCGAAUUAUAUCGGACAAGGAUACAUUUACCUUUAUAAGCGAGAGUAAAAACUGUAUUCAAAGGCAAAGGAUCACCAAGUGGCAGUACUCCUUUACAUCAAUGAAUGAAAGUGAUCAACUGAUUUUAGUAAAAUGAACCAACCUUUAUCUACCCUUUU